GGAGAGCUAUCUCUUUGUGCAUCGGUGUUAUGGCGAGAGACCACCAGCCUGUAACAGAUGAUAAGUGAUGGGAUGGCAUUUUCUAUUCUUCUUACUGUCCGAGCUUAUGUCCAGGCAGCCGGUGCAUAACACAUAGAGUCGAGAGUAUAGAUUGAAAAGAAAGUUUACUGCAACCAACCACCACGCAAUGGAUCGGCUACCAGUCGAGGUCCUCUGGUCUAUUGACCAACAGAUCGAUGAUUUGGAGACAAGGCGGGCGUUGAGCCAAUGCUCUCGUCGACUGUACGAGGUGUUUAGUCCUCUCAUCUUCUCGUCCAUUGAAGGAAGGGGCCCUCAUCCCUGUCUUGUGAAGCAUUUAUGGCGUCGUCCCGACCUGGCGUGCUCUGUUAGGAAUGCAAAUAUACACUCCUACAGCUGCCUGUGCACCGAUUUCGAUCGUGUCGCGGGCGAUAAAGAGCUGGUUGAGGAAAUGGCAAACGAAGUAUGCGAAGAAAAGGAGGACAGGGCUUGGUGGAAAGAUCACCUCCAAAAUAACUGCCCUGAUGCCUUGCUGGCUGUACUGCUCACUCGCUUGACUCAUCUUGAGAGCAUCACACUGGAGUCCCGUGGCAAGACUCAAUUUGUACCACUCAUUGUCGAAGAUAUGUCGUCUGACAUCCGAGGAAGAGUUCGGGUCUCGUGGGGAUUUUCUGGGCGACCUGUUGGCCAAAGGAGAUUCUCCUUACCCUUUCUCCAAGCAGUCAGCUUGAACGGCGAGCUUGAACAUACGGAAACAAUUUCGGAAUUUGCAACGAGCCUGUUGUAUCUACCGACAGUUCGCAGAAUCCAUUUUCAUGGGCUGUGGGAUUUGAAUCCGAAUUUGUCCGACGCCAUCCAAUCGCACAACCCCAAAGAAACGCACGAUGGGAUGAUGCUCUCUGGCAAACUAACCCAUUUCCAGGUCGAGAUAGGAAGCCAGAACGAACUUUCUUGGACACAUUAUUACUUCCGAGCGAGUGAAUUCCGCCAGCUUCUGCUACCGUCAAAGGACACCCUCGAGUCACUUUCUCUCGAUUUUGAUAGUCAGCAUCGUUACCGCGUGAACUGUCUUAGAAAUGCCCGUUCUUGGGGGGCGAAUAUCGAGCAUCUCCCAUUUGGCUCAUUCAGAGAGUUUCAUGUUUUGAAGAAACUGAGAAUCCGGCAUGCGAACUUGGCAGGUCUUCCGGAUUCCAAAUGGAAACAGAAUUCCGACGAAUACACUCGACCGUUUCCGGUUGAUCUGCUGCCCAGCUCACUUACAUCGAUCACGAUUACGGAAGUCUUAUCGAAGUUUGUGCACAUUCUAAUCUCCGAUGUUGAGGCGCUGCUCAAAGUUAAGGAUGAGGAGACGCCUCGUUUGGAAAACAUUAACCUGCAUAUCUGCAGCGAGCAGACUAGAUUCGAAGAAAUCAGGGUUUUGCUUGGCAGCCUGACUUUGAUGGCUGAGAGUACGGGGGUUCGCAUGGUGUAUGAGCUGGAGGAAAUGGAUGCUAUGUUGUGGAAUUUGUCCUAGGAGGUACCGCGAGGACUAUUCUUGCUUAUUUGCGUUUUGUAUGUGGACUACGACAUUGCUGCACCACCUCUUGCUGGCUUUGACUCCGGUCAGCGCUAUGAUAGCAAGACUGGCUCGUCUAUGCACAAGGCCGAAAGGAACAGUGGAUCAAUUCCAGAGAUGUGAUUUGAUCAGACCGAGAUUGUCUCUACAUAUUUAGCAUAUUGCAAAUGGAAUG